UUUAUUCAAUUUUCUAAUCGAUAUUUAUACUUAGGUAGUUUUCAUAAAAAGUCAGUUCUAAAUUUUUUCGACGAGACUCGGAAGAAAUACGGUGAAGUAUUCCUACUUCCAGGAGGGUUUGGUAAGAAAAGCCUCUUAUUCACAUUCAAUUUAGACGAUUUUGCAAAGGUGAUACGCUCCGAGGGCACUUGGCCUCAGAGGCGUGGUCUUGAAACAAUGCGCUAUCAUAGGGAGGUUCAUAGGAAAGAAGACUUCGGUGAUGUCAUUGGAUUAGUUUCAUCAAACAAUGAAGCAUGGGGCAAAAUACGAAGUGCAGUCAACCCUAUACUAAUGCAGCCUAAAAAUGCCCGACUCUACUUGAAUAAGAUGCUUGAGGUUAACGAUGAAUUCCUACAAAGAAUUCGUGAAAUCCGUGAUCCUAACUCUCUAGAAAUGCCUGAUAAUUUCGAAGAAGAAUUGAAUCGUCUAACGUUUGAAUCAGUUGCAGUUGUGGCCUUGAACAGGCAAAUUGGGUUGAUACGAAAGAAUCGAGAUAGUGGCGAUGCAAAGAUAAUAUUCGAUAGCUUGCGAAAAUUUUUUGAGCUUACACUCGCUUUGGACUUCUUUCCGUCGAUUUGGAAAUAUGUCAAAACACCCACGUUCAAUAAACAAAUGAAGAACUUCGAUACAAUUAACGAAAUUAUAAUAAAAUACAUAAACGAAGCUGAAAAACGAAUUGAAAAUGAUGCACUUUCUUCGAAGAACAGCGAUAACGAAGAGAAGAGUGUUUUGGAGAAAUUACUGAAGGUCGACAAGAAAGUAGCAAGAGUUAUGGCCUUAGAUCUGCUAAUGGCUGGGGUUGAUACAACUAGCAGCACUCUAACUGGCAUUUUGUUGGCUAUUGCCAAAAACCCCGAUAAGCAGGAAAAGCUACGUCAGGAAUUGAAGACAAUCCUUCCACAGAAGAACUCCCUGCUUACCAUGGAGAACAUGAAGAAUCUUCCAUAUUUGCGAGCUUGCAUAAAAGAAGGCAUCCGAAUGUAUCCAAUCGGAGCGGGAACAUUGCGAAUGUGCUCUGAGGAUAUUGUCGUGAGUGGCUAUCAAGUGCCAAAGGAUCAAGAAAUCGUUCUGAAUCAUAACAUUCUUAUCAACGAAGAGAAAUACUGCCCCAGGGCAAAGGAGUUCAUUCCUGAACGUUGGCUUCGUGAUGAAAAAGCAAACCACGAACCAUUGAACCCGUUUUUGUACAUGCCAUUCAGCUUUGGACCGAGAAGUUGUGUUGGUAAGAGAAUUGUGGAAAUGGAAUUGGAAAUUACUGUGGCCAGAUUGAUACGAAACUUUUAUGUGGAAUUUAAUUACCCAACGGAAAAUGCUUUCAAAACAAUUCUAAUAAGCGUACCGGCCAUUCCGCUUAAAUUCAAGUUCAGCGAAGUGGAAUAUUAAAGAUAUUGAUAUUUUUGUAUGAUAAAUGUUUGUUGAAAGUCAGUUAAUUAAGUUUUACUUUUAUUUC